AGCGCGGAGCAUCCCCGGGCGCGGGGCGCGGGGCCCCCGGAGCGCCCCAACUGCGCCGCGCCGUGCACACGUGCCCUGCCCCGCGCCCCGCACCCGCCUCCCUCCCUCCCUCCCUCCCCGCCCCGCUGCACAGCUGGGCAGAGCAUCGCACCCCCUCCCCUGCCCUCCCCUGCCCUGCCAGGUGUCCUCUCCCCCGGGGGUGCUGCCCCACCGCCUCGCCUGCGGCACCCCCUUUCCGUAGCGGUGCGCAGGGGAAGGUGCCAGGUUUCGGCGUGUGCCAGGGACGCCAGGCUCCACCGGGCUCUGCAGCCCUCCGUGGUCCUCAAGCGGACGCCGGUGGGAGCCAUGCGUGGCCAGCACGCGGCGGGCUCGUUGGGGGCCGUCAUGGCCACGCUGGAAGCGAUGGAGAAGAAGGUGGAGUCGCACGCGGUGCGCCUGCUGAGCCUGGAGGGCAAGACGGGGGCGGCGGAGGAGAAGCUGGCCGGCUGCGAGAAAACCGUGGUGGACUUCGGCAACCAGCUGGAGGGGCGGUGGGCCGUGCUGGGCACCCUGAUCCAGGAGAACCAGCUGCUGCAGCGGCGCCUGGACAACAUGGAGAACCUGCUCAAGAACAGGAACUUCUGGAUCCUGCGCCUGCCGCCCGGCACCAAGGGGGAGAUCCCGCAGGUGCCAGUGACGUUUGACGACGUGUCGGUCUACUUCAAUGAGCAGGAGUGGGAGAACUUGGCCAGCUGGCAGAAGGAGCUGUACAAACACGUGAUGAGGGGCAACUAUGAGACCCUGGUCUCGCUGGACUACGCCGUGUCCAAGCCUGACAUCCUGUCCCAGAUAGAGCGAGGGGAGGAGCCCUGUGUCAGAGAGCAGCCAGGCUCUCCAGAAAGGUCAGAAGAAGCAGAGGAGAAGCAAGAGGCAUGGGAAGAAGGGGACGCCCCUGUGAACACCAGCACAGCAUCUCCGGUGUCAGCGCUAGAUAGCCUCUCGUGGGGGGUGCACGAGGAUGAGCCUGACGACCAAGACACCCCAGACCUGGAGGAGGAAGAGACGCUGGUAGACCCUGGCGCAGGGGAUGACCAGCUCCCGGUGAAAGACACGGGCUGCGAUGGGCCUCCCAGCCCUGGCGUUUUGGCGGCAGAGGCAGCAUCGGCAGAGGGUCCCCUUGAGGCUUCCCUGAGCCCCGCAGAGGCUGAAAGCCAGUUGUGCUCCCCACUGCCGCAGGCCAAGCCGGAGAAGAAGAGGCUGAGCAAACCCCCGAGGCGGGACAGCAACGUGACGGCUGAGCCAGCCUGCCCACGGCACCGCCCGCGGGAGCGGGCACACCCCUGCACCGAGUGCGGACGCCGCUUUCGCCUGAAGAUCAACCUCAUCAUCCACCAGCGGAGCCACGCCAAGGAGGGGCCCUACGAGUGCCCCGAGUGCGAAAUCAGCUUCACCCACCAGCAGCACCUGGAGCUGCACCAGCGCAUGCAUGCAGGGGGGAGCGCCCCCGAAAACGGCCUGCACCCGGGCCUGCGGCUGCGGCCUCGCAGCAGCCCCUACCGCAGCCCUUGCGCCGGCCCCAGCGAGCCCCACAAGCUCUUUCCCUCGGCCAAGCAGCUGGCCAAGCCCCGGGACACCCACAGCAAGGCGCUGCCCACGUGCGCUGUGUGCUGGAAAGUGUUCGCCUACUUCUCUGCCCUCCGCCGGCACCAGAUGACACACUCUGGGGAGCGGCCGUACAGCUGCGCCGAAUGCAAGAAGACCUUCACCCGCCACACCCACCUCAUCCGGCACCAGAAGAUCCACGCCCGGGAGAGGGCCCUGCUGCGCUGCCGGCUCCUCCGGCAGCAGGCCCUGCGGCCACCCACUGCCAGCUCCCCCGAGCCGGGGGGCAUCCAGGGCAUGCCUGCAUCUGGGGAGGGGCCCUGCCCGCCAGCCCCUGCCCCCAGGACAGAUGUUAUACCUGCAUCUGAUGCGACAGGUGAUCAUGCAAUUGCUGCAGAUGGAGGGUGCUCCCCAGCUCUUCGGACGGAGGUGGGGGCUACCCAGCCCCUUGCUGGCACAGAGGAGGGUGCAGAGGCCUGCGGGCUGGGUGCCGAUGUGUUGAAGCUUUAGGGCCAACGCUGGCCUGUGCUAUGCAGGGGCUUGAGGAUUUUCCUGGUCCCUUCCGGCUUUAGAACUUAGUACUCGAUGCUCAGGGGAACGCGGCUUCUCCCUCGGCCCCCAGAGCCAGUGGGGGGUGGCUGGCGUUUGGCUAGUUCCCGGAUAGACUUCGUAUCUGGCAUGGACAGUCUGCAGCAGGUCCUCGGGGCUAUUCGGGACGGUAGGAGGUCACGGGGGAGAUGACGGGCUCCACGGACAGCAGUACUUUGUGCUUCUGGGGCUGGCGACGGACGUAGGCAUUCAGAACUUUCCUCCAAGCUUCAGGGAUGUGUCGCGGGCACGGGCGGAGAUGACCGUGCCGCCCCCAGAAACGCUUCUCCACACCGGGACAGACUGGCAGGACCUCACAGGGACACGUUCCAGCCUAGAUGCCCUGGGCAGCUGCUGUCUGCCCUGUAGUUGAGUGUACUUUUAAUCUCAGACUGCACGUUCCUGCCAACUUUUGGGUACGGGGGGCACCGGUCCUGCCCUUCCUCAUAGCACGGGGCUGUUUUUUCACAUUUCAUUUGAUCCCAGCAUUCAUUCCUGCCAGGGCAGGGGGUCAGACUUGAUGAUCUGCUCAGGUCCCUUCUGCCCCUACCAACUAUGAAACUAUGACAUGCCCCCAGGCUAGCAGGGGUCCUGGUUAUGGGCCGAUUUCACAUCCCCAUGCCCAUUUGGGAAGCCCACGGGUGGGUGAGGGCAGAGUUUAGGGCUAGAGCAGCUUCACACGGGUGCCCAAGUGUGGGCACCGGGUUCGGUAUUCAGCUUCUAGGGGGCCCAUGAGGGCUGCAUGGUGCCAGCCCCACUCUUGCAGCCCAUGACCCCACACUGCAUAGGGUCCCCCCCACCCCCUGGCUGGGGGUCUCAGCCUCUUGGGCCACCCCGCAUUGCCCCCAGGGCUGGGCACAAGAAGAGGGAGGGCAGCCUGGAGACUCCAGCAGCAGCAGGAGGGCGUUGGCGGGGAGCAAUGCCCGCGUCGGCUGCUGCGGUCCCCCUGCUUCCCCUGUGGCAGGUUGGGGUGUGAGUCUGUGUUGUGUCAGGGAGUCUCAUGUAGAGUUUAGAUUAUGGUUUGCGUAGGAUGGUUUGGGCAGGACUGAUCCUGCUUCAAGCAGGGGGUUGGACUAGAUGCUUCCAGCCCCACUCGUCCGUGCUCGGGGCCAUCAGUUAACCCCCACCCCGGGCACUGCCGGACGGCCCUGCUAUACAGGAGCAGCGCGAGCACAGGCAGCGUCCCGCUCCAAUGCCUCCUCGUGCUCGGCUGCUCCCCAGCCCGCCGCGUCCUGGGAGGCGCUCCCGGCAUUUCCCUCUAGGACGGAGCCUCAGCGCCGAGACCUGCAGAUUGCAGGUGGGGUUUGGUCCGGCCCCGCGGUAGCCGGGGGAGGCCGCGGUAAGGGGAGAGCCCGGGGAGCUGUCUGCAACCGAUAGACGGACAAAUGGAUGAUCUCCCAACACCUGUUUUCCUUUGGAUUAAACCAGCAAGGCCAAGAGGG